AAACAAACGAAAAUGUUAACCCUUUUACCCGUGCUGCUUCUAUGUGUUUGCGCGCCGGCCCGCUGCGUGUUCCAGACGCUUUACUGCACCAUCGCGGAUAGCUGCGACUGCGACUUUAGACCCAACGUCAGAGCCCCCUAAAAGAAUCGCAAUCGAGAAUCGUUUGGAGCCAGAAUCGAAAUAAGGAACUGGUAUCGGAACCGGAAUCGCUCAAAUGCAAACGAUGCCCAACCCUAGUGAGUUGGAGUGGGACCUGUACAAGAACAUCUAUGGCCAGCACCUCGCUCAGGAUAUGGUCUCCGAGGAGGUGGCCCGCUUCCUCGCCGACAAAACACCUGAGAGGCCGCUGGUGCUCUCGCUGCACGGCUCGUCAGGCACGGGCAAGACGCUGGUCAGUGGCAUGCUUACGCGGUACCUGUACGCCUCGGCCAUGAGCAGCCCCUUCGUCCACCAAUUCAUCCCCACGCUGCACUUCCCUGCAGACGGACACGUGGAGCUGCAACGGGAGCAGCUGAAGUCUUGGGUCCAGGGCAAUGUGACUGAGUGCUCUCGCUCUGUCUUCAUCUUCGAUGAGAUGGACAGAAUGGCCCCAGGGCUGGUGGAUGUUCUGGAGCCACUCCUGGGAUCCUCCCACGUGGUCUUCCGCACCAACUACCGCAAGGCCAUUUACGUCUUUGUCAGUACUGCAGGUGCGGAGGUGAUCAACAAGGCGGCUCUGGAGCAGCGUGAAGCCGGGUUGGACCGAGAGGAGAUGACUUCGGCCGAGCUGCAGGACGCCAUCGCUGAGGCCGUCUACGACAACCCAACCAAUGGUCUCUACAACUCGUCCAUCAUUCGUCACAAGUUGGUGACCGCCUUCGUGCCCUUCCUCCCACUGUGCCGCCACCAUGUGGAGCAAUGCGUGCGGGCGCAGCUGUGCCAGCGCGGCGCAUGUGGGCGCGACGACGUGGCACGGGCCGUGGCGGCUGACAUGACGUACGAGCCUUCGCCGGGACACUACUUUUCCACCAGCGGAUGCAAAAACGUGGCCGCCAAAAUCAACCUGUUCUUGUGAGGGGCCAGCAGGUACUGCAGUGGUUUGGAGCACUGUGUUCCCCUGGUGACUCCCAUUUUUAUUUUUAUUUUAAAUAUGUCAGCAGCAAACCUCACAAACAGAACUACUAAAAGGGAAAGCGGACAUUUUUUAGUAUUUAUUUGUGAGAAAUUGUGACUGGACGCAGGAAGUCCCAAAUGGUCUCACUUCGACAACCAGAAGGAUUUUUUUAAAAAGCAAAAGAAAAUAUUUUUCACCAUUUGCCUUUUUUUUUUUUUGUUUUUUUUUUUGUUUGUUUUUGUGGGGGAGGUUUGUAUAUCCCUGCUCCUGCCAACAGGUGGUGCUAAAGAGCGCCUGUGGCGCAAAUAUUUAUGCAGAUACAGAUAUCCAUCCAUCCAUUUUCCAUACUGCUUAUCCUCACUAGGGUUGUGGGUGUGCCAGAGCCUAUCCCAGCUGACUCCGGGCGAGAGGCGGGGUACACCAUGAACUGCUCGCCACCCAAUUGCAGGGCACAUAUAAACAAGCAACCUUUCACACUCACACCUACGGACAAUUUAGUCUUCAAUUAAUUCAUUCGUUCAUUUUCCGUACCGCUUAACCACACUAGGGUCACGGGUGUGCUGGAGCCAAUAUAUACACACACACACCAGCUAUCUUCGAGCGAGAGGCGGGGUACACCCUGAACUGGUCGCCAGUCAAUCGCAGGGCACAUAAUAAACAAACAACCAUUUGUACUCACAUUCACACCAGCACCUCUUCAGUUAACCAACCAUGCAUGUUUUUAGAAUGUUGGAGGAAACCAGAGUACCCAGAGAAAACCCAUGCAGGCGCGGGGAGAACAUGUAAACUCCACACAGGCGAGGCGGGAUUUGAACCUGAGUCCUCAGAACUGUGAGGCAGAUGUGCUAACCAGUCGGUCACUGUGCCGCCUACCAUGCUUUAAUCCUUCUAAAGCAUCCUGUAUUAUGUAGAAUGUGUAAUUUAUUAAUAUGUCAAAUCUCAUCAUGUGGACACUUCUUUAAGUAAACUAUGUAAUGAGAUCCAAUGCAAAAGAAGAAAAAAAAGGUGCCUUUACAAAGACACUGUUCAAUUGUGAUGUGUAUUGUACUGUAUCACACUGAUUGCUGUUCCUAAUCAUUUGGCCACCAUAUAUGGUGACGAGAGGGUCAGUAUAUUAGGAACAGCUCGAAAGGAAAGUGUUCAUAAACGCAUACUUGCGUAUUUUCUGUGAGUGAAAAACAGUCUUAUUCUGGCGGGGAGGGUGGGUUGGCGUGCUGAGGCGCAAGCUGAUGUCCUUGAAACGUUUUAAUUUCAGGCCACCAGAUGGUGCUGUUUUGACAAAAUAGAAAAUUGCAAUCUCAAUAAACUUUUGUCAUUUUUG